AUGUUCGGCGACAGUAUUUUCAGCUGGUUCAAGUCCUCCAAACAGGAAUCGGCCCCUGAGGCCACCUGGGACCCCAACACUGUUACGAUGACCCAGCCUCAGAGCCCUGCCGGUCCUACCACUGAGGGUGUCGUUACCGGUCAACCUAUGCCCAACAACAACAUGGAUGUGAGCCUUCGUGGUGGUGGCCCUCCCCCUGGACCUGGCGGUGACGAUUGCUGCUGCUGCCUCGACUGCUUCUGCUGCUGCGGUGACUGCUGUGGUCCCGACGGACCCCCUGGUGGCCCUGGCGGUCCGGGUGGUCCUGGUGGUCCUGGUGGCCCCGGUGGUUGGUAA